GUGACACGUCAUGUGAUACGUCACUUCCAAUGAACGGCUGUCGUCGUCAGAAUCGUCGUCGUGUAUGUCCAUCGACAGUGCUGUUUUCGAUAGUUAAUGCCUGAGUUGCCAUUGAGCUUCAAAAACUGCGAACAUGGCCGGCAGGAUGAUGAAAGCGGAGCGCUGCCCAUCAGAUGAGUUGUCCUUGACCAACUGUGUUGUGAUGAGUGAGAAGGAUGGGCAGAAUGGACAGCAUGUCAUGGUGAAGGCAACUCCCCCACACAAGUAUGUGUUUACGGUCCGAUGCCACGAGAAGAUGGUUGCCCAGUCCAUCGGCUUCAGUCUGCCGCAGAGGAAAUGGGCUGCCAUCUCAAUUGGGCAAGACGUGGAAGUGUUGAGCUAUAACUUUGACAAGUCCAAGCAGUGCGUGGGCACCAUGACAGUGGAGGUGGACUUCCUGCAGAAGAAGAAUGUGGACAGCAGCCCCUACGACACUGACAAGAUGGCCGCCGAGUUCAUCCAACACUUCAACAACCAGGCCUUCACCAAGGGCCAGCAGCUGGUCUUCAGCUUCUCCGACAAACUGUUCUCCAUCGUCAUCAAGGACAUUGAAGCCAUGGAUCCCAGCAUCCUGAAGGGAGACACCAGCUCGGGCAAGAAGCAAAAGAUCGAAAUUGGCUUGCUGCUUGGCAACAGUCAGGUGAUUUUCGAGAAGGGAGAGACCUCUUCUGUCCAGCUUGUUGGUAAAUCCAAGACCCGGGAGGCCCGCCAGUCCAUCAUCAACCCCGACUGGAACUUUGAGCGCAUGGGCAUCGGAGGGCUGGACAAGGAGUUCUCCGACAUCUUCAGGAGGGCCUUCGCCUCGCGCGUCUUCCCACCCGACAUCGUGGAGCAGAUGGGCUGUAAGCACGUGAAGGGUAUCCUGCUGUACGGCCCUCCCGGCUGUGGCAAGACGCUCAUGGCCCGGCAGAUCGGCAAGAUGCUGAACGCGCGCGAGCCCAAGAUCGUCAACGGGCCCGAGAUCCUCAACAAGUACGUGGGGGAGUCGGAGGCCAACAUCAGGAAGCUGUUCGCCGACGCAGAGGACGAGCAGAAGAGGCUGGGUGCCAACAGCGGGCUCCACAUCAUCAUCUUUGAUGAGAUCGAUGCCAUCUGCAAGCAGAGAGGGAGCAUGGCCGGCAGCACGGGGGUCCAUGACACCGUCGUCAACCAGCUGCUCUCCAAGAUCGAUGGCGUCGAGCAGCUCAAUAAUAUCCUAGUCAUCGGAAUGACCAAUAGGCCGGACCUCAUUGACGAAGCCUUGUUGAGACCUGGCAGAUUGGAGGUGAAGAUGGAGAUUGGAUUGCCUGAUGAGAAUGGCCGAGUGCAGAUCCUGAACAUCCACACGGCGAAGAUGCGCGAGUUCAAGCUGCUGUCCGCCGACGUGGAUGUCAAGGAGCUGGCGGCCGAGACCAAGAACUUCAGCGGUGCAGAGCUGGAGGGUUUAGUCAGGGCCGCCCAGUCCACGGCCAUGAACCGACACAUCAAGGCGAGCAACACGGUGGAGGUGGACAUGGAGAGGGCAGAGAAGCUUCAAGUAAGCAGAGAUGACUUCCUCGCCUCCCUGGAAAACGACAUCAAACCCGCCUUCGGUACCAACCAGGAGGACUAUGCCAGUUACAUCAUGAAUGACAUCAUUAAGUGGGGUGACCCUGUGACGGCGGUGCUGGACGAUGGCCUUCUGUUGGUGCAGCAGACCAAGAACAGCGACCGCACACCACUGGUGUCUGUUCUGUUGGAGGGGCCCCCACACAGCGGCAAGACCGCCCUGGCUGCCAAGAUUGCGGAGGAGUCGCAAUUCCCCUUCAUCAAGAUCUGUUCUCCUGACAAGAUGAUUGGACACUCGGAGAUCGCCAAGUGCCAGGCCAUCAAAAAGAUAUUUGAAGAUGCCUACAAGUCGCAGCUCAGUUGUGUGGUGGUGGACGAUAUUGAACGGUUACUGGAUUAUGUCCCAAUUGGACCUCGGUUCUCCAAUCUGGUUCUGCAAGCUCUGCUUGUUCUGCUCAAGAAGCCACCUCCCCAUGGCCGCAAGCUGCUUAUUAUUGGCACGACGAGCCGCAAGGACGUGCUUCAAGAGAUGGAGAUGCUGGACGCCUUCAGCACCAAGAUACACGUGCCCAACAUCGCACGCGGAGAACACCUGGUGGAGGCGCUGGAGAUGCUUGGUAGUUUCCAAGAAAAGGAGCGUGCGGACAUUGCGAAGGAGGUGAAAGGCAAGAGCCUGUGGAUCGGCAUCAAGAAACUGCUGAUGCUCAUCGAGAUGUCACUGCAGAUGCAGGCUGAAUACAGAGUUAGCAAGUUCCUGUCCUUGCUGAGGGAAGAGGGCGCGUUGCGUUCGGACUUUCCUGAGAGGAUAUAAGCACUCGCAGCGGUCACAGUGCCUUGCAGACUCUCAUGUGGCCAGAGGAGGGGAAGGUCGUGGGGCAACCACGUUGUGUCGGGAACAGAGGAGGAACGAGAGAAGGAGUGAAAGAAACAGAGAUUCAGGGAUCCUUCGGGUGUGGGAACGGCAAGCACCGACUACAACAUGAGUGCCAUGAGUUGAAUCCAGUGACUGUGCCACCUGUCUUUCCUGUCGACUCAUCCAUCGCCUUCUGCACAACGUUCUUCAAAGAAGCUCUAGAACAUCAACGGUCCUCUUCCGUCAUGCCCUCAACCUCAACACGACCCUGACACUCCCAUGACUAGCUCUGUUGCUGUGUUUUAUCGUUUUGACCAACAUAUAUUAUGGGUCAAUGUUAGGCUCAAGACUGGACUGAAACAUGUGUGUUUGUGUGUGUGUGUGUAUUUGGAUGUGUGUUUGUACAGUAUGCAUGCAUGCUGGUGCAUGUAUGUGGAGAUAAAACAGAAAACUUGCUGUGUCAAGUUUGAUGUUUGACUGUACUUAAAAAAAGAAAUCAUUCCAAUUUGAUUUUUUUUAUUAUUACUGAUGCCUUGUUCGUUCUCGUUUGUGUGUUUGAUCACCCUGUCUCUUAAUCACACUACCAGUGCCUGAUCUACCAGUGUGCCAGUGCUAGAUCCUGCGAUCAAGUAUGAUCUACUAGUUGAAUUUACAGUUAUACUAUUUCUAAUCAAACACACUGGUUCUUCUCUGUCUGACCAAACUUUAUACUGGUCAUCUUCCUGACUGUUGUCUUUUGUAAACUGUUUUUUUUUCUCUCAAGUGUGCAUCAUGACUGUUGUGCAUAAAGAGGCAUCAUGUCUUUGUCACUAUAUUCGUAUUUUGUAUAUGUAGACACUACACACGUUCAUCUUAAAGGGAAUUACGCCUGUCUUGGAUGCAAA